GUUAUUUAUGGUGUGUAAACUCAUUCUUGGUGGCGCUUUAAAAAUUGAGAAAAGCUACGCACGCAGCAUUCUCACUCGCUCUCUCGUUCAGACUCACACAAUGUCAGAGUCUUCCAUCGACGAUUCCAAUUCCAGCUCUCCCCAUCCAGAUUAUGCUGAGAUUGUAGUGGUGCGCCAUGGUGAAACAGCUUGGAAUGCUGCAAACAGAAUCCAGGGACAGCUGGAUGUUGAAUUAAAUGAAACUGGUAGACAGCAAGCAGUUGCAGUGGCUGAUAGACUAUCCAGAGAAUCAAAGGUCUCCAUUAUAUAUUCUUCUGACUUGCAACGGGCCUUUGAAACAGCACAGGUUAUUGCAUCCAAAUGUGGAGGGGUAGAGGUUGUCAAGGAUUCUGGCCUGCGGGAAAGACACCUCGGGGAUCUGCAAGGCGUUGUGUAUCAUGAAAUGACAAAAUAUCCCGCAGCUUAUAAGGCUUUUAUGUCUAAGAAUGAAGAUCAGGAAAUACCAGGUGGUGGAGAAAGUUUUGUUCAACUUUUUGAUCGCUCCACAUCUGCAUUGCAGAGAAUCGCCUUAAAGCAUCAAGGGGAGCGUGUAGUCGUUGUCACUCAUGGUGCAUUCAUUCGAUCACUUUACAGGCGGGCCUGCCCAACCGGAAAGCCCGCUGGGAAGGUACUGAACACAAGCAUCAGUGUUUUCCACUUGUAUGGUGAGGACAAAUGGAUCUUAAAAGUGUGGGGCGAUGUUAGCCAUCUGAGCCAAACUGGGUUUCUGGAGUCUGGUUUUGGUGGUGAUAAAACUUCUGGUUAGGCCAUUGUUUCCCAUCCAAAGGUAAUAAAGUUUUGAUUGUUUCCCAUCCCAAGUUAAGGUUUAGAGGAAGAAGAGCGGAAAAGGAUAUUAAGUGGUGCUUUCAAAUCUGAUUUUGGCCUCCUAUCAUGGGAAGUACAUAUAUUUUGUAUGUUACCAUGCAAAUAUAUGCUCACCAUGUAAGGAUGUGCCUAAAGGCCUAAACAAUGUUUUUUUUUGGCGGUGAUGCAUCAAUCUGGCAUUAAGAACUUUUUCUUUUUAAAUCUAUUCAAACUGUUAAAUGUAGUGGAGAAUGCAAUGGUGUGCAUUUCCCAUUUUAGUAUUAUUACUUAAAAAAGGGUGAGCCUUUUGUAAGGCUACUUCAGUAGCAAGAUUAAUUUAAACGAUGGAAAUCUAAGGACUCGUUUGGCA